GAAGUGAGCGGCCAGGUGGAGGUGCUGCCCUGACUCCAGGACAAAGGUGAAACAAAGCGUCUAUUACCGGAGUUAAACCAUUUUAACUUGAACCAGAGUGAAUCCUGGAGUAGUGUGAACAUCAUGGCGUUGACGCAGGAGUCCGUCCUGUCUCUGCUCGUAUCAGAGGGAGGCAGAGUGAAGAAGUCCGAGCUGGUGAGGAAGUUUAGAGGCUGCGUGGACUGCGUGGAUCCCGCAGAGAGGGACAGGAACCGGGAGCUUUUCAAGACCUUCGUCAACAACGUCGCCGUCGUCAGAGAAAUUGACGGUGUCCGCUACGUUGUCGUCAAGAAAGUGUAUCAGCAUUUACUGGAGGGAGACCAGACCGACCGCAGCCGUGAGGAGGAGCCGGGGAGUGAAAGGACAGCGGGGACAGGUGAGGAGCAGCAGCGCCCACCUGUGCGGGAGCAGGGCUCUGCGGAUCCAGGAGAAGACGAGUCAGAUGUUCCUGAAGUGGAUCAUGCGGGUGAAAGUAGUGACAACCCAACUGAAUCCCUGUGUCCCAUACAGCUGGCUCUGCAGAGGACCAAGUUCACGGACACCAGGGUUAAAAGGAUGCUGAAUUUUGAGAUCCAGAGCCAGGGAGAUGGUUCCUCGACAAGGGGUGAAGCAACAGAGUCCAAAACCAUCCAGAGCAAACCUUUCGCCUUGCCUCUGAGAGUGCCUCCCAGCGCCACCAGGGUGGAGGUCCGCAAGCUGAAGGUGGACCCAGAUGAUCCUCCUGAAAGUCCAACACCAGAUGCCCACAGGUACAAGAGAGGACCCCCUUCAGUGGAGGACAGGGUGGGCUCGCCCCAGCUGAGGAGGGCGGUGAAGAGCACCAAGGCUUCAGAGGAGCAGAAAGAGACGAGGGUUCCCUCCCUGAUUCCCCUAGAGCAGUCAGAGCACGAGUGGCUGGUGAAGUGUGCCGCUGGCCACUGGAGCCAGGCGUACGGCCUGCUGCUGAGAGACAACCAGCUGGCCGAGAAGAGGGACUUCAUGUCAGGGUUCACAGCCCUGCACUGGGCAGCCAAGUGCGGGAACAGCGAAAUGCUCACCAAGAUUGUUGACCUGUCGAGGCAAGGGGGAGUUGAAGUCGACAUAAACGCGAGGACACAUGGCGGUUACACUCCUUUGCACAUUGCCGCCUUGCACGACCAGGAGUACAUCAUGGCCAUGCUGGUUGGGGAGCACGGCGCCGACGUGAGGGUCAGGGACAACUGCGGGAAGAGGGCCUACCACUAUCUGCACAAGGGUGUUUCCAAGAGCGUGAGAGAGAUGCUGUGUGAACCCAAGGUCCAGCCGGCUCCAGACAGGGCCCCGUCCGAGAAAGAAGACCCAGAGCUGUUCCCAGAUCUCUCCAAGGGUCUUCAUUCAAUAAGCCGCCUCUUCCAGCCGCACAUGACGGGCCACAAGAAGAAGCACAAGCAAAGGGCAGCAAUUUACUCCCAGAGCGAGGACCCCGCCGAGGAGAGAGAGGACAGCAGCAGCAGUGGUGGUUUCAGACCGAGAGCUCUAUCAGAAGCUUUUAUGUAGAGGAAGAACUCUCUCUUGUCUUACCUGAAAGAUGAUGUUGACAUGUGACUGAUUUUGAGGCUUCUUUCAUAAAAAAACUGACAAAUACUGAAAUAAUAAUGAUUUGAACUGUUGAUUCUAUCAGUUAACAACUUCCGGAGAUAAUUCAUUAACUGUGAAUGAGCAGAUUUUAGAUUUUUACAUUUGGGUUCCUAUAAGAGGUGUAUCUAAAGGAUUGUGUUUCCAAUUGUGAAUCAAACGUCCGACUUAUUAAUCAUUGUCUGUGGUCUCUUGGUCUUCUCAGUCUGUCUUUCUAAUGAUUUUGUUCGAAUACAGGCUGAGCAAUACAUUUUGACAGGUGUGAUAUUAUUACUUUAUAUAUACUGAAUACAUUUUUACUGUAGCAUUUCAGUUCUGGCAGCAAAACACAGGACCAAGCACUAAAACCAGUUAUUUAAUUGACAUCAGUGACUUGUUUUUUGUCGUGCAAUAUAUUCCUAUUUCUUGGAAUUGAAAAUAAACUGCAGCCUUUUUUACAAAUGUUGCAUUUAUUGCAUUCAGGAAUGUAACUGGGUUUCUAAAUGGCUGUUCUCCUCAAAAUAUAAUCUGCAACAAAGACAGUUUGUUACUGAUUUCAAAGACUUGACUUGUUCUCCUGUGUUUUCGUCUCUGAGUCAGAACUGAACUGAAAGUGGUGAAAUAAUCAGACUCUCGAUUUCCA